AUGGAUAUUACAGAUUUUGAAAUCCCAUUAUUUUCUCCUAAUAUUACAGAAAUAAAUUUCGGGAUAUUUGACUUAUGGUUAAAAGGAUACAAUGAAAAAGAAGUGUUACAAUUACUUCAAAAUACUUUUUAUUCUCAUUUAAUAAAGGAAACAAAUGAAGAAAAUAAUAACAAUGGAGAAUUAUUUAAUAAAAUAAAAAACGAAGCUAAAAAUAAUGAAAAAGAUAGAUUAUACAUAGAAAAAGCUAAAGAUAACGUUUUUUUAGUAAAAAGUAGAAUAGUUAAUUUUUUUAACACAGAAAACAAGGGAAAUGACUACAGCACUAAUAAUAUUUUUUUUCAAUACUUUUUAUGCUUAUAUAUAAAACAACAGUUUUAUAUAUUUAACAUAUUAUCUUAUCACUUAAUGAAUUUAGAUUUACGAUUUUCCCAUUUUUAUAUUCCUAUCAGUAAAAAUAAAAUUUUAAAACUAAUAAAAAGAUAUUAUAAUAUUGAUAUUAAUUUAGAAAAAGAAAUUAUUAAGUAUAAAAAUAUUAAUAAUAUAACAAAAUAUAUUAAUGAUUUGGUAAAACUUACGAAUCUUCAUAAAAUAUCAGUUAAAAGACAAAUAGAAAAUAUAAAAAAUAUGUGGAGAUAUAUAUUAAAUAUAUAUGAAAGAAGAGAUAUAAACAUAAGUAAAUUACAGAAAAAAAGAAAAAUAAGUAUAAAAAGAGUACUAAAAUACAUUAAAACCAACUUUCGCCUAUAUAAAUAUUUUAUAAAAAGAGAAAAUGUUUUAGAAACUAAUGAUAACAAUCAAAAUAAAUCCUUUUUAUUUAAAAAUAAAAAAAAAAGAAAAGGUAAAAAAAAAGGAAAAAAAAGUAAAUCAAAAAAUGAUUUUUAUCAAUAUAAUAUAAUAAAAAUAUUAGAAAGUUUAGUAGGUAUUUCUUUGGCGAAAAGAUAUUUUCGCUUAUAUUGGAUAUUAGCAUAUCAAAUAGAAAUACCAAAAAAAAUUAACAUUUCAUACAUUUAUUUUAAUAAUAUCAUUUUGUUAAUAUUAGAAAAAUUGCAAAUAAAUGACUUAAUAUUAUCAAAAGAAUAUAUAAAUAUAAGUAAAAACAUAUAUUCUACGUAUAAAAGUAAUAAGAAUAUGGAUAUUCUAAAAAGUAAAUUAUUUAGUAUGAUUGAAAUAAAUAAUUCUUUAAAAAACAAAUGUUUUAUUAGACUUAAGUGCAUUAUAAAUCUUUUGUGUUGUUUUAGAAAUUCAUUUGAAAUAACAAAAUUUUUUUUAAUUUUCAUCGAAUUACAAAAAAAUGAAUCUUUCACAAAUGAGCAAGCAUUUGUAAAACAAAACAUUGGAAAUAAUAUUUUUGUAAAUAGAAUUAUGAGUUUCAUAAAAGAAGCAGAAAAUUACUCUAAAACAAAAAAGAUAGAAGAUGAUAAUAAAAAGGAAAAUGAAAAAACUAAAAAUUUUUAA